GCCCCAUCACCUCUGCUCCCACUACACUGCCCCAACAACAUCCUGUUUCCUUUAUCUCCUCCUCACAAUGCCCAGUCCUUUCCCUUUCACCACCAUGAGGGCUCUCGUGUUGGGCUUUUGACCAACCCAUGUUUCACAAUCAGAUGACCUGCAACAAUGGCUUCCCCUCCUCGUUCCUCCCCCCAAACUUCAUACUCCAAGACCCUCAUGAUGAUGACCCCCACCACCAACCCUUCAAUCCCCUCUCCCCCAUGUUACCCACCAACCCACAAGAAUUUAGAGGUUUGGCUGCAAAUACAAUGCUGGGGAAGAGACCCAUAUCGCUCGUGGGGAUCGAUGCAUGUGAGGAGAUGCACAUAGAGGAGGAGCUCUCGGAUGAUGGGUCGCAAGCUGGGGAGAAGAAGAGGAGGCUUAACGUGGAGCAGGUGAGGACACUGGAGAAGAGCUUCGAGAUGGGGAACAAGUUGGAGCCCGAGAGGAAGAUGCAACUGGCCAAAGCACUUGGGCUCAAGCCCAGGCAAAUUGCCAUAUGGUUUCAGAACAGGAGGGCUAGGUGGAAGACCAAGCAAUUGGAGAAGGAUUAUGAUGAGCUCAAGAGGCAAUUUGAGGCUGUUAAAGCUGAGAAUGAGAUGCUCCUUGCCCAGAACAACAGGCUUCAAGCUGAGAUAAUGGGACUGAAAGGGAGAGAAGGAUCUGAGCCCAUCAACCUCAACAAGGAGAAGGAGAGCUCAUGCAGCAACAGGAGUGAGAAUAGCCCAGAUAUCAACUUGGAUAUCUCGCGAACAACACCACCCGUUAAUAUUGGAAGCCCCUCGAAUAUCAACGAAAACAGGCUUUUCCUGGGCCCAAAUAGGUCCCCAAAUACUACCCAGUUCCUCCCAAUCCCCUCCAAAUCCGAGACGCAAUGCACCAACAUACAAAACGGGAUCCAAGAAGAUAACUUGUGCAACAUGUUUUCCACCAUGGAUGAUCACCCUGCGUUUUGGACAUGGUCGGAUCAUCAAAGCUUCCAUUAAUUAGUACUUGGAAUUAAUGCUCGAUCGUAAGCUAAGUUUCUCUCUUUUUUGCAUGUAUUUAAUUAUUCAUACAUUAUAGUAUAUGAAGGAGAUUAAUAGCUGUUAAUAUGAAUUGGAGAG